AGGCACCGCCCCUUCUACUGCCCUGGGGAUCCGCGUGGCCCCGCCCCGCCAAACACUUUCCGGUACGUCAUCAUCCCGCGCCAUUGCCGGUUCUGCUUCCGGAUCGCUGCUGGCGGCGCGGCCCCACAGCGGGGCGGCGGCUCCGGGAGCCCCCCAUGGCGUCAAGCGCCGCCCGCGGGCCGCGCUGCCGGGAGCGGAGCCGUCGAGGGCGGCUGCGACGGGCAUCGGGGUCCGCCGGGCGCAGCCGGAGCCGUAGUGGGGACCGGGAGGGUGAACAGCGAGCGCUCCGGCAAGAGUCGCCGUCGGGAGAUCCGGACUGUGAUGGUGGAGAAGCUGCCAAAUCCCCGAAAAAAAACGUGCGGCCCCGAAUCAACCGCGAUGGGGCGGCGGAGGGGCACGGCGAGAGCUCUGCGAACGGGUCGGUGCCGCCCCCGGGGACUCCCGGGAAGCCCGGCGGGAAGGGCAAGGCCGAGGUGCUGCUGCUGGAGCUGUCCCCGCCCCGGGAGCCCAUCCGGGUGCAGAAGAUGCUGGGGAGCAGCGAGGAGGGUGCCGGCCUGGACACCCCCCGGGGCGGGCGGCCCAAGAGGAGGGCGGCCAAAGUGGCUCUGCUGUACCUGCAGGAGCUGGCGGAGGAGCUGAUGUCUGUGUGCCAGCCCCCUGCUCCCACCGAGGAGGCCCCGGAGCCAGAGCCCGAGUGUGUCCAGGGGAAGCACCGGAGCCGGAGGAGAAAGGAGGAGGACACGGGCAGCGACGACCCCGCACGAGACGCCGACUUCGUGCCCUCGCAGGAAGUGCUGCAGGCGGAGGAGGAGGAGGAGGAGGGCAGUGAUGUGAUGCUCAGCGAGGCCUCGGAGCCAGAGCUGGAGGCGCCCCGAGGGCACGGCGGGAGGACGGCGGCCACAGGGAGAUCCAAGCCCCCAUGCCGAGGCCUCGCUCCCAAUGGCUUCCCCAAGUCCAUCAUGGCCCCAGUGGAAAAGAGCUCCAGCCUCACCUGCAGCCUGCGGGAGCAGAAGCACUCGCAGUGGGAGUUCCCAGACUGGAUCCCAAUGGCACACAGGUGGACGUGUCUCUCUGACAGUGAGGCUGCCCCGUACCUGCCAGCAGAGGAGAAGUCUCCCCUCUUCUCCAUCCAGCGUGAGGGCAUUGAGGACGACGGUGCCUUGUACAGGGUAAACAGAUUCAGCUCCCUGCAGCCCCACCCAGAGCGCCUGGACAUCUCCUUCUUUGUGGGUGGCCCGGUGUGGGCAAUGGAGUGGUGCCCGACUCCCGAGGGCUCGGCAGCCCCGCAGUACGUGGCCGUGUCCUGCCACAGGAGCAUGGAGGAGACGCACAGCGUGGCCGGGCUGCACACGGGCCCCGCACUCCUGCAGCUCUGGGGCCUGGGUGCGCUGCAGUUGGAGCAGGGCUCUCCUGACAAAGCCAGGCUGGCCUAUGCCAUCGCUGCCGACCACGGCUGCGUCUGGGACAUGAAGUUCUGCCCCAGCGGGGCCUGGGAGCCGCCUGCCACGGCCCGGACGCACCCGCAGAUGAGCCGGCUGGGCCUGCUGGCUGCCGCCUUCUCAGACGGCAGGGUGGUGGUGUACGCCCUGCCGCACCCCGGGGCCCUGCGCUGCGCCAAGACAACACAGGUAAAAGAUGGGCCCCUCCACAAGCACCUUAUCUGCAAGGUGCAGUGCAUUGCCACACUCCAGGUGGGCUCCAUCCAGGCAGGGAACGCAUCCGAGUGCGGGCAGUGCUUCAGCCUCUCCUGGAUGCCCUCCAAGCCCCACCAUCAUUUGGCAGCAGGGUUUUACGACGGUCCUGCUGCCAUCCUGUCCUGCUCUGAGCCCUGGCCCCAGCUCUCACCUGGCUGCUGUGUUCCACAGCUCCCACAGCCCUGCCCAUGCCGCUGCCAGGUCCUGCUGCCAUCCUGUCCUGCUUGGAGCCCUAGCUCCAGCCUGGCUGCCAUACUCCACAGUCCUGCCUGUGCCGCUGCCCGUCCCACACUGCAGCACCUGUGCCAUCAGCAGCACCUCAGGGAAAUGGGUCUCUCCACAGGCACCGUGGCCAUCUGGAACCUGCUCACCAAGUCCCUGCUGCAAUGUGUGCACCAGCCCGAUGCCUCCCUCAAGCUCUACCCUUUCCAGUGCUUCCCGGCCCACGACCAUGCAGUCCGGAGCAUCGAGUGGUGCAAGGCCGACAACAACUUCCUGGUCACGGCAGGCAGUGACCGCAAGAUCAAGUUCUGGGACCUGCGGCGACUCUACGAGCCCAUCAACAGCAUCAAGCGGUUCCUGAGCACUGAGGUGGCCUGGCUGCUGCCCUACAAUGGCAUCACUGUGGCCCAGGACAACUGCUAUGCCUCGUAUGGGCUCUGCGGGAUCCACUACAUCGACGCCGGGUACCUGGGUUUCAAGGCCUAUUUCGUGGCCCCUCGCAAGGGCACUGUGUGGAGCAUCUCUGGCUCAGACUGGCUGAACACGGUGGCUGCGGGUGACAUCACCGGCGAGCUGGUGGCUGCAGUGCUGCCUGACCUGGCCAUCAACCCCCUAAACGUCAAGCGUUCCUUGUACCGCAGAUUUCCAGUGUACAAAGCCGACCUGCUGCCCUGCAGCCCUGCCGGACCCAAGAGCACUGAGCAGGCACUGCCCAGGACCCGGUGCUACAGUGAGAUGGUGGCCAGAAGCUACAUCCAAUUCCAGGACACGGACCUGCGCAGCUUCCAGAACUUCGCGAGCCGGGAGCCCAUGCGCAGGAUGCACACGCAGGAGGUGAAGGCAGAGCUGAGCCUCGACCGCCUGCAGCUGGAGGCCCUGCACAAGGUGCGCUUCAGCCCCAACCUGGACUCGCAGGGCUGGCUGGUGUCGGGUGGGCAGGCGGGCAUCGUGCGGGCGCACUGCCUGGCAGGACUGGCCUCUGAUGUGGGCCACCGGCUGCUCCCGGAGUGCCAGGCCCGCUUCGCUUCCCUCUACAGGAAUGUGUCUGGGAGCCCUGGCCCCCCCGAGUGCUCCCCAGUGCCGGCAGAGUAGGGGGGUUGGUCCCUCGUGCUGCUCACCCCGGGCAGGGCCUGGGGCCGCCUGUGCUGGCCAGGGACUGUGGCCCCUCUCGGUGCU